AUGGCUAAUGGCUUCGCUUUCAAUCCCUCUCGGCAUAAACUAGUGAUUAACGAUGUCCCCGGGUUUUUCACUCCUUACUUUGUUUCAUCAAAUUGCAGUGCAGUAUCUUCUUGGCUUUCCCCUUCGUUUUUGGACUCUACGGCUUUAGAGCAGAACAUUCUUAACUCGUCUAUAUAUUCUGCAGGUGAUACAUCGGCUAGUAACCUGCCUUGGACAACAAGGUGGUAUACUGCUAUAGAAAUAGGUUGCAGCUUGCGCUAUCUUCACGAAGAAUGUCCAGAUGGGCCAAUUGUUCACCAGUCUGUCUGUUCAACUACCAUUGUCUAUUCUUAUGGUUACUCUGCGAUGCUAAGCAAUUUUAUAGCUGCCAAGUCGCUCAAGGAUGUUCCCCGUGAUGGGGAGCCAACAGUCAAACGCCCAAACCUAGAGAAAGACAAGUGCCUUUCUGUGGACUUACAUGACUAUGGAAUGUUUCUUGUGGAGCUUAUUACUGGGAAGAUAACCAAUCGCUUUCCACAUGAAAGCGAGGGUCAAUCCGUGAUAGACUGGGCGCUGCCACUUCUAGAGAGUGGUUCACUCAAUCAAAUGAUGGAUCCCAGAUUGACGGAUGAGGAUGAUGAUUCAAGGGUUGUUCAAUACAUGGCUCGGGCGGCUUUGCUCUGUCUGAAAAACGAUCUGGGUCACAGGCUUUCCAUAAGCGAGGUCUUAGCUGUGGUUAGAGGAAAGCAGAUUGCAGUGCUUUAGUUUUGAAUUGAUCAAAACGAGUUUGUAAAUUCUUGUUUGUACGUAUUCAG